AUGCCUUCAGUCUUCAAUGUCAUCAGGACCUGCGUAUACGUGGCCGUCCUGCUGUGGAGUGUGAUUUGCUUGGCUAUUGCUGGUCAUUUUCAGAGUAUUCUGGUAUCUUCUGAUCUCACUCGUUUUGUUCCGUUCGCUAUCUUCGUAUGUAGCGCGAGCCUGCUCAUCAUCCUGGCACUGCUCGGAUUCGGUCUCUGGAAGGAGCGGAAUCCCAUAUCCACCAGGAUUGAGUUGGGUUGUCUGGCGCUCGCAGGAGUGCUUUGGACUGCACUCGGAGCCUUCGUUGCUUCCUCCGAUUCGGAAGAAGCAGAUGUAGAAUGUUAUUCGGCUCAGAAUGAGCUCGUGGCCGUCCCGGGGUUUAACACGGAAACGUUCCACGCACAAUAUCAUGUCCUGGAAGCAUUUUCUUUCUUUAACAUGAUUCUUAUUUGGGGCUUCCUCCUAUUCUUAUUGGUUCUUGCACUACGUCAACAUAGCAUGGGCGAGAAAGGUGUAUGGGUUUCGUCUGUGACGGCGUUCCCUUGGUUCGGACGUGGCAAGCAGUCCCGCGGCUUACCUCCACCGGUGAUUUCGCGCUCCAAGUCGCGGUCAAGAGGCACUCGCGCGGCGACUUCUCGUAUACCAGAGAGGAAGCAGUCUGAGAAGAGAGCCCCAGAGAAGAAGGCUCCGAUCCAGCUGGAACUCGAGAAGAAGCACCCGUACCCCGAGCAACCUGCGCGCCGCAUUCACUUGGGACACCAUGAGCCCUCGCGUAACGAGUCGCCCACGUACGUCUACUGGAUACCUCACCAGACGCCGGACCAGGCGCAUGUGCGGGAUCACCGUAGCAGAGACAGGUAUCAGAAGGACACAUUGCCCCGGCGGUGA